AUGGGAUGGUUAAUAUACACUUCCUGGCUGACUGUGCAAGUGGUGGGCCUCAAGGACUCCGUGCACGCUGUUGCGAAGCCACGACGAGCCCGACGGACCAGGUCCCAAUUUCAGAAUUUCACGGGCUCUUACCCCGUGACGGAAAUACCAUUGUCCAAGUACGGGUGGAUGGAGGUUGAGGACACCAUAACCGGUCUCCUUGAGGCUGCCCUGGGCCCGGAGGUGGCAUAUUGGAAGAGCCGCGGAAUCACGUGCGACGACAUCGCCCACACGGUCGGGGAGCUCCACAGCAUGUAUGAUGCGGUUCGGGAAAACCAGAAUUUCCUUCACAGCCUCCGUGUUGUGAUCAUUUACAACCAAACCUGGCACUUUCUCGACCCAGUCCAGUGCAGCGGCGGCAACGGCAGCGACGGGGCCGGGGGGCCCGAGGGCAGGGGAGGUAGCACGCCCCAGCCCUCGCGCUUCGACUGGCCGCUGCUAGCACCAAACUCACCCGACGUGUGCUCAUCCCCAUGCCAGGCUCAACUCAAGCUGAUCCACCAGGCCAUUGCUUCACGGCUGGAGGGCUGGAGGUCCCGGCGACCUCCAGCUUAUUUGCAGCCCCCACGCUAUCGGCUGCCGGACAUGGUCUUCGUCAUCAAUGCAGCAGACAACAUGCAGCGAUUCGGCUACAACUCGCGGGCGCCCGUGUUGUCGCUGAUGAAGUGGUGGCAGGUGCCCUGGACCGAACUGCAAGAGCGGCAGCAACAGGAGGACAAGCAGCAACAGGAGGAACAAAAACAAAAACAACAGGCGGUGUCCCGAGCAGAUUCGGAAGGAGAUGCCUCGACGCGAGGCAAUAGCAGUACUGGCGGUCCCGCUGCCUCCCUCGGUCGCCUCGGCGGCAAGCUUUUAAAGCCGCUGCAACUGCCGUAUAAUGUGGCGCGACUCGCAGCAUCAGCGGGUAAGAAUGGCAGCAGCUGCAGUGUCAAACGAACAGAGGCCUUGGUUGCAAGGCCUGCAGCAGUUCCAGAGGUCGGGAAACCCGACCCGCUGUGGGACAUGGUGCGGCGGUUUGUAGCGGAGACGUCACUGGAUCUGCCGCCAGGUGUGCAAGCGGAGCACGUGGACCGCAAGAAGUCCCCGCGGCGGCAUUACGACAUGGACCUGUUGUUGCCGACUGUAGCCUACGCUCCACGUAGCCUGUCGUACUUUCCCUGGGAGCAGAAGAAGGACGUCGCCUUUUUUAGCGGAAGCGCUUUCUGCCCGCUAUACCCGGACCUGCACCCUAUUUGCCCGCGCGUCCUGCUCGCCAACGUGUCCGCCGCGGGCUGGUUCCGGAGCGAUCUGGAUGUGCGGCUGGUGCGCCCAUUCCGGGGCAGGCUGGGCUCGCAAGGGCCGUACAAGCGUGACGUGUCACUCAAGAAGGCGAGUGAGGAUUUGCAGGGAGAGGGGCCAGGGAGGAAAGCAGGAUCCAAACGAAACAAGACCAAAUGCGAACAGGAAGCUCGGGAUCAGGAGGGCAGGGGGCCGGCGCUGGCCACUGCCCCUCGCGACCACGCCCGCUACCGCUACCUGCUCCACAUGGACGGCUUGGCGGGAUCCACCCGGUUGGGGAUGCUCAUGGCAACAGACUCGGUCAUACUCAAAAGCAGGAGCCCGUACAUCGAGUACUACAGCCGACUGCAGGUACCCGGUGUGCACUACCUGGAGUUUUGGAAGGACCCCCACGACCCGCUGGACGUGUUGCGGGUGCUGGCUGAGGCGAGGGCGGCCGCCGCUUCGGACCCGGAGGGGAUGCGUGCGGCUGUGCAGGCCAACCAGGCCAUUGCGGCCAGGUACAUAGCAAUGGAGCCCAAGCUGCCGUCCAGCACCUCGUAUGCCUGCCAGUCUCUGCACCCUCGCGUCUUUCCGGCCAUGCUCCAUGCUCCUUCCUACAGCCGCCACAACGCCAUCACGGAUCUGUGCAGCCGCCGCGGCUCGCAUGCCCAGCCAAGCCAACCUUUUCCUAUUUACGCGCGCGCUGCGCUGCUGACCUACCACUCGCUGGUACCAGACAUGGAGUCGUGUGUGAGCGACCUGAUACAGCACCUGCAGAGGCCAAUUCAGACUGUCGGAAUGUCCCUGCCAGGGCAAUUCGACACCCCGACAGGCCAAUUCAGACUGUCGGAAUGUCCCUGCCAGGCCAAUUCGACACCCCGACAGGCCAAUUCAAGGCUUGUCCCGGCAAUUUAA